CAAGCCACAGGAUUCAUGAAUAAAAAUCCGAGGGAAUCGGAGGGCAGAACAAAAACUUUGGGCUAAAGAUAAUAUGUAGACAAAUGUUUACACUCCUUUUCACGGAGCUGUGUUUGUACAGAAACCUAAUAAUUGCAUAUUGUAUAUAAAAGUGUAGAGGGUUGGACACAUUGACGGCACAUAAGGGAACGGCGGAGGCGCUUCAGAGAAGUAGUGCCGUGAGAAAGAUUUUAUCUCAUUCUCACAGUCGCAGCCUCACCCGGAUCGCAUCCAGCUCUACUCUCUACUCCGCAAUAGAAUGGCAAUGUCUAGAAAAGCGACUUUAGCAUUACUCAUCUACGGAAUCAUAAUGCACUACAGCGUCUGCUGUUCACCUAUUGGGCUUAGCUACCCUAAUGUUAGACUUGAAAAUGAGGUAUACGACGAGGACGGAAACUCGUUACCCGACUUGGCUUUUGACAGUGAUCAAAUUGCUAUAAGGAGCCCCCCAUCUGUCAUUGACGACGUGUACACGUUAUACUACCCACCGGAGAAGAGAACGGAAAGGCACGCAGACGGAAUAUUUAAUAAGGCCUACAGGAAGGUGCUGGGUCAGUUGUCAGCAAGGAAAUAUCUGCAUUCUCUGAUGGCAAAGCGUGUAGGUGGGGGCAGCAAUAUGGAGGACGAUACAGAGCCUUUGUCCAAAAGGCAUUCGGAUGGGAUCUUCACAGACAGCUACAGCCGCUACCGAAAACAAAUGGCUGUCAAGAAAUAUCUGGCAGCGGUCCUGGGGAAAAGCCCUGAAGACUUAAAUUUUCACCAUAUUCUACAAGACAUAAACUUUGAUGCCCUCCCGGAUGGGGAUGAGUUUGAGGCUAUUUUGGGAGACUGGCUGAAACAGUUUUCUCCCGAAUUUCCGGCUUUGUGACGCAGGACGCAGCUUGCGGCUUUGGUGCCUUGCUUCGACUUUAAAAUCGCCACGAAUCACAGAUGGCUAUUUA